CCUGAUUAUCCCACGCUUACACAACUCAUCUAAUGCCCCGUAGCUGUACUACGAGAUAAUUCCGCGCCUACAAAUGGCAUCGCUCACACCUCGAUGGCUUACGAAAAGUUGAGAAAGGCUUAUGCGUCCGCGCAAUGCAGAGUUACGCCUGUAAUGGUAGGGUCCCGUGAAGAUCUAGAAGAUAUUAGCAUACGCUAUCAAAGGAAUGCUCUACGCAGAAUGCUUUAAAUGUGGACACAUAUAGAGGCUAUCCCAAAGAUUGAAGCUUGCAUCUUCGAAACGUUCGUCAGCGCUCUGUGUUGUAUCCUAACGAAGUACCUCAACAAAACAUCAUGGCCACCGAAAAGAAUCGAGUCGCUAUUGUUCCAGGACAAGGCCAAGCCUUAGAGGUUGUUGAUGCUGAGCUCAGCCAUCCAGGUCCAGGGGAGAUCCUAGUUAGGAAUGAGGCAGUCGCAGUCCAACCGCUCGAUGCCAAGAUGCUGCACGCUGGCUAUGGUGGUGCAGGUUCAAUCGAGAAGUAUCCGGUCAUACUGGGGACGGCUGGAGCGGGAACUGUUCAAGCGGUUGGUGAAGACGUGUCUGAGUUAGCGGUCGGGGAUCGAGUUGUGUUCAAUACAAGGGCUCUUGUGAAGUUCGAAACGAACAAGCGCGAAGGUACCUGGCAGAAAUUCGUGAUCGUAAGAUCCCAGACGGCCGCAAAGAUCGGCGAUGUAUCCUUCGAACAAGCAGUGUUAGUUGACUUUCCGUUGCAAACGGCGGUUGCGGCUCUAAAUUUGUAUCUGGGAAUGGAAAAGCCUGGAAAGGGAACAGAGGAUGAAAAAGUGCUGGUAUGGGGUGCUGGAGGCGCGGUGGGUAGUUAUGCCGUACAGUACGCAAAAAGCGUUGGGCAUACCGUAGUCGUCACUGCAUCUCAGAAGGACGUUGCAAGACAGACACGGUUGGGCGCUUCUGCCGUUAUUGAUUAUAAAGCUGCCGAUGCCGUGGACCAACUUCGCAAAUUGGGACCUUACAAAUACCUCUUUUCGGCAUCGGGAGAUCCGGCCUCUCAGAAGGCGCUGGCGUCAUUGUUGCCGGACGGAGGACGCUUUGCAAGUGUUCUCGGUGGUGAGGUUGACCUACCAUCUGACGUUGAACGGGUGUACAAGCCAUUCUCCCAGGCUGCGCAACACGACGAGAACCAGGAAUGGCGGAGCUGGUGGUAUGGCGAGUAUCUCUCGGACGUACUGCGCAAUGGUCUUGUAGACCCUGUCAGCCAUUUGAAGGUCUCAGGUGGUCUCGAAGCUCUACAAGAGGCGAGCACGGAUGUUUUCGAAGGCAAAGUCCGGGGAAAGGUAAUCGUAAAUCCCCAAGAAUAG